ACGAAAGUAUUUUGGGGAAGAGGUUUGUGAUUCAUAGGGCUGUGCGAAUUGGUCAGAAGAGAAGGGGAGUCAGCGGGUUGUUUUGCGUUGCUUAGAAUUUUACGGCCAGUGAGUCAGGCAAACAGUGCGCAGCGGAAGCCAAUUGAAGUGCGCACCUUGGCUUGGAACUUGGAGGUUGGAGCUUAAGAGCUUGCACUUGCGACGCCACUGCCGCCAUCUUCCUACUUCAACCCGCGCAACAACCACCACCUUCACCUCCACCUCUACCACCUCCACUACCACCACCACCGCUAUUACAACCCUCACCGCUCUUACAACCCUUACCACCGCCACCACCCUUCGUCCGAUAUCCACCAUAAACACAACCUCACCACUACACACAAGAUGCCGCCGAAACGUAAAGCAGAGGGAGCUCCGUCGGUUGCGAAGCACACGCGUGUCGCGGCGCCGGUAGCUAGCGACGACGACUUCGAGGAUUCGAGUGAUGACGCGGAAGAGGCCGAGGACAUGUCGCGUGUGAUCAACAAGUUCACGAUCACGGGCGGCGAUGACAGCUCCACCAGGGUCCGAAAAAUCGACGCGGCUUCGAAGUUUUUUACCAAGAAGGGACGCGAUUUAACACACUUGACCCUCAAGACUGGGCACGGAUCGAGGCCGCUGUGGAUCAACCCCGAUGGCACCAUCAUCCUCGAGAGCUUCAACCCGUUGGCGGCAAGGGCGCAGGAGUUUCUGACGACUAUCGCUGAACCCCAGUCCAGGCCACAGUAUCUCCACGAAUACAAGAUCACGGCACAUUCGCUCUAUGCUGCGGUUGCCUCUGCGGGUCUGACGCCAGAGGAUCUGCUGGGAACUCUGGAGCGGUUUUCGAAGAUCACCGUGCCCGCGUCGAUUGCCAAGUUCAUCAAGGAGACUACCGAGUCGUAUGGAAAGAUCAAGCUUGUGCUGAAGGACAAUCGAUAUUUCAUCGAGAGCAAGGACCCACAGAUGUUGCAACGGUUGCUUACGGAUCAGGAGAUAGGACCGUUGAGAUUACAGGGCGAAGUGGUGAAGGAGAAGGCUCCGCAAAUGCGUGGAUUGGUCAUUCCUGGUACAAAGGAGGCCGCUGGCGUGAAGCAAGCCCCUGGUCAACCGCAUGCGCAGGGGGCCGAGGGAGGACAGGCGUCGUCGUCGGAAGAUAUGUUCACGUCGAUUACGGGUAUCAAGGAGGAUGAGGAAGGAGAUGAUGACGAGGAUGAAGAUACGGUGCAUUCGUUCGAGAUCUCGGCGGAGUCGGUUGAGACUGUGCAGAAGCGUUGCUUCACUCUGGGAUUCCCCAUCUCGGAGGAAUACGCAUUCAGAGAAGAUCACAAGAAUCCCGACCUGAAUAUAGACCUCAGACCCCACGCUCGCAUCCGAUCGUACCAAGAAGUUAGCUUGAACAAAAUGUUCGGAAACGGACGCGCGAAGAGCGGAAUCAUCGUUUUGCCGUGCGGUGCCGGAAAGACCCUGGUCGGCAUCUCCGCCGGUUGUACCAUCAAGAAGAGUAUCGUAGUCUUGGCCACAUCAGCUAUGAGUGUUGUCCAAUGGCGCCAGCAGUUCAUCCAGUGGAGCAACAUCGAUCCUGAUCAAAUCGCCGUGUUUACGUCCGAAAACAAGGCAGCCUUCAAAGGAGAUGCCGGUAUUAUCGUGUCUACAUACUCCAUGGUCACCCAGACUCGCGGCCGAUCCCACGAUUCGGAGAAGAUGAUGCAGUUCCUGAUGGGACGUGAAUGGGGCCUAUUGAUUCUCGACGAAGUCCACGUCGUCCCUGCCGCCAUGUUCCGUAAAGUGUUGACCUCAAUAAACUCCCACUCGAAGCUGGGAUUGACGGCUACGUUGCUCCGUGAGGAUGACAAGGUCUCGGAUCUGAACUUCUUGAUUGGACCGAAGCUCUACGAGGCCAACUGGAUGGAGCUGGCUGAGCUCGGUCAUAUCGCCAAGGUUCAGUGUGCGGAGGUGUGGUGUCCUAUGAGCCCAGAGUUCUACACUGAGUAUCUGAAUGAGCCGGAUGCUCGCAAGAAGACACUGCACUAUAUCAUGAAUCCCAGAAAGUUUCAGGCAUGCCAGUUUCUGAUCGACCACCACGAAAAGCGAGGCGACAAGAUCAUCGUGUUUUCUGAUAACGUAUACGCGUUGAAAGCCUACGCCCUCAAGCUAGGAAAGGCCUUCAUCUACGGCGAAACCCCGCAGCAGGAGCGGAUGCGUAUUCUUGAGAACUUCCAGCUCAACGACAGGGUCAACACCAUCUUCCUCUCCAAAAUCGGUGACACCUCCUUGGAUCUGCCUGAAGCUACGUGCCUCAUCCAGAUCUCAUCGCACUACGGGUCCCGUCGUCAAGAAGCCCAGCGCCUCGGCCGUAUCCUCCGAGCCAAGCGCAGAAACGAUGAGGGCUUUAACGCCUUCUUCUACUCGCUCGUGUCGAAAGACACCGCCGAAAUGUAUUACUCCUCUAAGCGCCAGGCCUUCCUAGUCGACCAAGGCUACGCCUUCAAGGUGAUCACCCAUCUCCAAGGAAUCGAGAACCUCCCCGGUCUCGCGUACUCCACCGUCGCCGAGCGCAAGGAACUGUUGGAGGAAGUCGUUCUCCAGAACGCCGAAGCCGGUGGUCAGGAGAAGGAUGACUUCGACGGCAAGGGUCUCAGCUACAAUGCGAAGCGCCGUGGAGGACGCCGGACUAAGGGUCGGCUCAGCGAACUGUCGGGUGGUAACACCAUGGCAUACAUGGAACGCAACAGGAGCAGGAACAAGGAACUCAAGGGCGGCAAGAGCGCAUUCUUCAGGAAGCUCAACAGGGACACGGAUAGGCGCAAGAAGGAACAGAUUGCGAUGCUCAAGUAGAUGCUACCUACAUGCGCGUAAUCUGGGUGGUCGCAUGGGGAAAUGAUAGUUUUAUCAUAAGUUGUUUGAUUACAGCUUUUUCCACUUACGAUUUGUUUCUUUUUCCAUUUACGAUUUUUUGCAUACCUAGCAUGUACGUGUAUUCUAGACUUUGGAGGCCCUAAAGAGAGACAGAGAGACGCGAAAUGAACUCUUUCCGUUAUCC